GGGAGCUUCGCAUUUCGGGCACGUUGGCCGACGUCCGUGACUCCGCACGUUACCCACUGUAGUGCGAGCGCUUUGCAUAAGGGAGUUGCUUGCUUUCGUCUUAACGGUGUGACCGACGCUACCUGAAGUCAUGGCUGAGCAGGUUGCAGCCAUGUGUGAUCAGCUAAUAAAAGCCGUGAUGGUGAUAAUGGACCCAGAAACGAGCCAGAUUUACCGGCUGGAGGCCCUGAAGUUUUGUGAAGAAUUUAAAGAGACGAACUCCCUCUGUGUCCCAUGUGGCCUACAAUUAGCGGACAAAAACCAACCAGCUGUGGUGAGACACUUUGGCUUGCAAAUACUGGAGCACGUCAUCAAAUUCAGAUGGAACAACAUGCAGCAACAAGAGAAAGUCCAGUUAAAGGAGUGUGCCAUGCAGCUGCUAACAAAUGGUACCCAUUCCAUCCUGGAGGAAGAGAGCCACGUCAAAGAUGCUCUAUCUCGGAUAGUAGUGGAAAUGAUAAAAAGAGAAUGGCCUCAACAUUGGCCAGAUAUGCUGAAAGAGAUGGAGACUCUUUCUAGCCAUGGGGAGGCACAGACAGAGCUGGUCAUGCUGAUCCUUCUGAGGUUGGCAGAGGACGUGAUCACCUUCCAGACGUUGCCGUCACAGCGACGCAGAGACAUCCAACAGACACUCACCCAGAACAUGGAUAGCAUCUUCAGUUUCAUGUUGGCCAUUUUGCAUAUCAAUGUUGAGGACUAUCGCAAAUUGAAAGAGGAACCAGGACAUGAACUUCGGGCCAAAACCCACUGUCGAGUUGCCGUGGCCACACUGAAUACGCUCGCAGGCUACAUAGAUUGGGUGACACUGGUGCACAUCACCUCUAGAAACUGCCAAUUACUGGAGAUGUUGUGUGUGCUGUUGAGUGAAGCCGAACUGCAGCUGGAAGCUUCAGAGUGCCUGCUUAUUGCUCUAAGCCGGAAGGGCAAACUGGAGGAGAGGAAGCCCUUCAUGCUGCUGUUCAAUGAUGUGGCAAUCCAGUACAUCCUCUCCGCAGCCCAGUCAGCAGAUGGUUUAGCGAUCUGUCCAAAUUUCUCAAAAUCACAAGCAGUGGAGGUGGUGGAGCGGCGCUACAUUUUUCUGAAGAGGCUCUGUCAGGUCCUGUGCGCUCUGGGAUUCCAGCUCUGCUCAUUAGUGGGUUCAUGUCCAGAGGUUGAAGUCCCUGAAAACCUCAGCAAGUACACAGAAGCCUUAUUAGCCUUCACUACGCAUUCCAGUCCGUUUUUGAAAUCUUGCACUGUGUCAACAUGGGCUAGUUUGUUCAGACACGAUACUCUAUCAAAAGUCCCUGUUGUUUUGGAGAUGGCCAUCAAAUACCUCAAAGUAUCAACAACCAACCUUGUUAGGGCUGGCUUUCCUUCUAGACAAGACAGCCCGAGUUGUGUGUACUCUCGAGUGGACUUUGAUAGCGACGAGGACUUCAACUCUUUCUUUUGCACUUAUCGAUCGCAGCAUGGGGACAUUUUGAGGACUCUGAGUCGUAUUGUUCCAGUAGAAGCUUUCCAAACGGCAGCAGAAUGGCUACGGUUUCAGAUCGCCAGUCCAGUUGAUCCUGGAGACACCACUUCUAGGACUGCAGAGGGUCUGUGUUCCUUGAUGUCUCCAUCCGUCCUUCAGUGGGAUGCAUUGACGGUCUUCAUGGAGUGUGUGAUGUAUCAGAUCUUCAAAAGUUUGGAUGAGGAGAAGUUGCCGAUAGAUCAGAGCAUGGAGCUCCUGCAGGCCGUGCUGAACUACGAAACCAGAGACCCGCUCAUCCUGUCCUGUGUGCUGAGCAAUAUCUCUGCCCUCUUUCCUUUUGUCACCCACAGGCCACAGUACCUGCCACAGGUUCUCUAUAAGCUGUUUAACGCUGUCACGUUUCAUAUUGAUGCGGAAAACAAGGCGCCUCGGGGUCGAGCGGUGAAGAACGUUCGGAGACACGCCUGUUCUGCUAUCAUUAAAAUUUGCAGGGAUUACCCACAGUUUAUCUUGCCUUGCUUCGACAUGUUUUACAGCCAUGUGAAAGAGUUGUUUUCAAGUGAAGCCAUGCUGACUUACUUGGAGAAAUGCUCCCAGAUGGAAGCUCUGGUGCUCAUCAGUAACCAGUUUAAAGACUUUGAAAAGCAAAAGGCUUUUCUAGAUGAACUAAUGGCCCCAGUAAUCACUCAGUGGACCUCUGAAGAGAUGACAAGCAUGCUUUGGGAUCCUGUCAAGUUCCUGUCAUUCAUUGGAGCAGAUAAAGUCAUCACAGAGCAAAGAGAAGAGGGAGAUACAGCAGGACCUAACAGGGGUCAAUUCAGCUUUUGUCUGUAUGCAAUGCUUGCGGUGGUGAAGCGUGCUCGCUGGCCUGCAGACCUGGAAGAAGCAAGAGCGGGUGGAUUCGUGGUGGGCUACACCCCUGCUGGAGCGCCUAUCUACAGAAACCCCUGUGCAGCUCAGUUUCUGGCCUUCCUGCCCAACCUGCUGGCUUUAAUCAGAACUCAGAACAGUUUAUUUAUGCCAGAGAAUGUGGCUCGUCUUAGUGAAACCUUCUCCAGAGCCUAUGAUGUGAUGGAUGGAGAUAAACUCAUAAUUCUUGGUCUCCCACAGCCGCCUCUGGAUAUCAAUGACUCCCCUGUGAAUAAAAGUCCCCUAGAUCGCAUGCAGGGAUUUUUCAACUCAAUAUUUGAAACCUGCUUCCAAAUCCUGGGUAAUGCAGGUCCGGCGCUGCUGCAGGAGUUCUACACUGUUGACAGGCUGGCUGGAGGAAUCAUUGGCUCAGCUUUCGCUUCCCUCGACCACGUGCCUGACCACAGACUUCGCUCAAUGAUUCGGCUGUUUUUAAAGCAGCUGGUGCUCUCCUGUCCUCCAGAGCAUCACGACAGUCUGUUGCGCCCUCUGCUGGGACCUUUGUUCACUUACAUGUUGCAGAGACUAAACAUAAAGUGGCAGGUCAUCAACCAGAGGACCUCUGUAAAUGGUGAGGAUGAGGAGGAGCAGGUGGUCUACGAGGACAGCGCUGUGACUCAGGAGAUGUUGGAAGAGCAGCUGGUGCGCCUGCUCACCAGGGAGGUUCUGGAUCUUCUCAAUGUGAGCUGUAUUUCCAGAAAAGUGCCUGAACCAGCAGCAAAUAAAGAGGAAAUCGAUGAGGAAGAUGUGGUGAUGGGUUCAGUGCAGGUAGCAUCAUCUCCUCAGCCCAUGGAAGAGCUGACUGAGCUUGGAAAAUGCUUGUUGAAACAUGAGAAUGUGUAUAUGUCACUGUUGACUCUCUCGUUCACCUCACUGUCCUGGAAGGACACCACAAACUGCCACCGCACUGCUUCUAUGGUCUGCUGGAACCUCCUGCAGCAGGUUGUAGCUGGUAAUCUUCUCCCUGAAGCAGUGACAUGGUUCUAUACCAGUGUCCUCAGAGCUCUUCAGGUUCACGGGCAACACGAAGCCUGCAACACUCCCCUCUGUAACCUGGCCAUGCUCAUCUACGAAAACCUGCGGCCUCGCUACAUUGAGCUGAGGGCAGUGAUGACCCAAAUUCCAAACAUUUGUGCCGAAGCUCUGGACCACUACGAUCGAAGGCUUGUGGAUCCCAAUGCCCAGAAAGUUGGAGAGAAGAAAAGGAGAGACCAGUUUAAGAAGCUAAUUGCAGGAACUGUUGGGAAAGCUCUCUGUCAGCAGUUCAGGAAGGAGGUCCACAUCCGCAACCUUCCAUCACUCUUUAAGAAGCUGAAGCAAGACAAGGAUAUAGUGGAGACUGAAAACCUGGGUCUCACAGCUCUCUUCAGCCCAGAGAAUGAUGUGCUGUAGAAGGAAAGGGCUUCAUUCUGGCUGGAAACUUUGUUCUGUGUUAACACGUCUCGACACCCAGUUGUAGCAGUGUGGAGCUGCCCAACAUAUCUGUCAACUUGCUUUUCAGUGGGUUACCUCAGCAAAUUCACUAAGCCACAGCAGGACUCGCACCAAUGCACAGUUUACUUUUUACAUUGCGAGAGCAGAAGCAAACACUAUUUAGCUUUAGAAAAACAAACAAAAAUCUAAUUUUCUGUCAGAUUUUUCAAAGCAGAGUAACUAUUUUUUUAAAGAAAAAACUUAGACCACUCUGUUUGCUGGAUUGUCACUUUUGGUCCAUUUUUUUUCCUUUUUUUUUUCCAGGUUACAGCGACACAAACACUAAGCAUAUCAUAGGUUUGUAAGAAUCAUUUGUGCUUUCGGCUGCGGUUUUUGUAUUCAGAAACAAAAUAAAAAUCUUACGAUCUUAAAUAAGCAAAAUCUGAAGUAGUUUGGGGCAGAGGGAGCCUGUUAAAGGCACACUGAGGGCAACAGAUCUGUCUUAUGGGGCGGCGCACACAGAGCUGGAUGCAUUUGGUGUUUGAAAAAAUAUAAAUAUUAGCUAGGUUUAGAGUUGACAGAUAUGUUGUGAGGCAGAUUUAUUCUGGGAUUUAACGGAGGGGAAAAACUGGAGAACAAAUCCUGGUGCAUGGUUCAGAUAGAGGACGUUUUCUGUGACCGGAAGAGCUUCAACACUGUUUUCUGAUUCUGAAGGAGUCGUCAGUGGUACCUUAGGUUCAGUGUUUCUUUUUGAAGGGAAGAAAAUACUUUAAAAAAAACCUUGAAUACAUUUUUGGAUUGUGUUGUUUUGUAAAUGGCUAAAGUAGAAUUGCGUAUAAGUUGCUAGCUGUUUAUUUAACACACAUUAUCAGAUGCUUAAGCUAACCUUGGUUGUUCUAAACAACUGGAGCGACCCAAAAACAGUUUGGAUUUGCUUGAAUAAUGCAGUGCAUAUGUAGUUCCACAAAUAACAGACAUCAGUGCCAAAACCCUGACUAGGUUUAUGAGCAGACAGUUCGGUCCGCUGAUUAUGUUUGUUCUGGUUUGUGAACAGGCACUACAUUCCUUUGUUAUUCAAAGCAUUGUUUUUAAUAUAAUUUCUUGAUUUACUGUUUUUUGCUGUUACAGCCGAUCAUAAUUCACUUGUUUUAUACAUGCAGACCAAAAUAUAUGGCAGCUGUUUUGGCUUGAACCUCUUAAUUACGGUCUACAUAUCGGAUGCUGUUUGACCGAAAAAAUAUUUCUGUCCCAAAAACAAAACAGUGGCCAUUUUAAAAAAAUGUUUGUUCAACACUAAUAUUUUCUGUACAAAGGAAAACAAAAUAGGAAUUUUGAAAAUGUUAUGUGGUUUCUAUUUUUGCUACAGGUUGGAAGUGUUUGUAAUGUAAAAUAGUGUAACUUUUCUUUUAAUUUAGAGCACAGUUUCUUUGUGGUCAUAUUAAAUAAAAUGAUCUGCCUCAUUUGAAAAAAAAAAGAAAUAUGGCAUUUACCAUUUAGACAAAGAAUUAAGAUUUUCUUCUAUUCAUUUGAUAUUUUAAAUUAGGGCUGCAUGAUGUUAGACUUGCAUUAUUGAUUGGUAAAUAUUGCGGUCAUGAUAUCAUUUGUGAUAUAUUUUGUUAUUGUCUACUUUUUAUCUGUGUUCCCAUGAAUCUGUGAUCAUUAGCGAUUUGAAGGAUGUCAUUUGUGUCCGGUCUGAGCUUCUGCUGCCAUGAGACUGUCCAGCUGGCUAAAUGUUACAUUAGCAUGAAAAAAAACCUCACAACACUGGCAAUAUAUUAGCCAGCAAUUAUUGCUCUCCAAACGGUCCUUUGCAAUAUGAAUAUUGCACACACUGAUAUUGCGACGACGAUAUGUUUGCGCUAUAUUGUGCAGCCGUAACUUGAAUGCAGGAAGUAAAAAGUUUUAUAAUGCAAGUAUGAUUAUCCUUGCAACUAUUGUCUAAUGAAAUAAUCAACCUGUCAGAAAAACAAAUUAUUUAUUUGGCUUUAGAAACAUGGAAAUGUUUACACUCUUAAAAUAACUAUUGACCUGGGAUUGUACACUAAUUUUUCAACCUCUGAAUUAUGGAGCUUCUUUAGUCUGUAACUUUAGGCAUCAAAAGGUUUAUUAUAUUGUACAGGUAAGUUUGUGAUGUUUAGAAACAAAUAGCUAACAAACAAAAAAAAACAAGCUGAUACAGAUGAACUUUCAUUUUGGUUCAUCAUUAAGAAAUAUGGAAAUGGAGAAAGCCUUUGGAAACCUGGUGGGUUCAGAUGGUAUAUGGAUGGGUGAUGAUGCAGAUCGUGGUUCUUGUUAAGAAUCAUAAACUAUACAGUAAGUGAUUCAUGUUAACAAGCAGUUGGAUGUGUUGCCACUUAAAGUGAAGAUCUGCACAAUGUGAGUUGUGCAUGCACAGAAUGUAACUUGAGUAGUUAUACCUCUUCUGCUACCAUUAAUAAAUGUUGGAAAUAUAGGUAAUUACCUUCUUUUGGGUCACAGUAGCCAAACAUCAUAGUGUAAAGGACAUGUUUCAAUCUGCUAAGCGCUGGCAUGGGCUGGUUACUGGUAUCGAGUUAUGUCUAGGUUUUAUAAACUUACCAUUUCCAAACGGCAAGCAUUUUCCAUCAUGCCAUUUUACGGAUUAGUCCUUUUAGUAGUAUACCAGAGAAGGUGCAGGGCGUGGAGUUUCCACUGUGUGGAAUAUAGAGUAAUGUAGAUGUUCCCCUCCUCAACCUGUUGCUGCACACAACUAGUCAGCUGGCUGAAGGAAGGGUCGAGCAAUUUUCUCUCCCUUCCAAUAAAGACAACUUUGGCUGUCUUUGUUGGAAGAACCAUUUAUCACACUUGUAAAGAUAAUUAUUUUAAAACUACGGGUGGUAAGCUUCAAGUGGAACAUCUGUUUAGCAGCUGGCAGCUGGUUCUUCCUGAGCAGGUAUCUUGUUAUUCUUGUUACUCUGUAAAAAUGAAAUGACAAAAAGGUAUGUUCUGUGCAAUAAGGAAUUGAGAACUAUUACAUUUAAAAGAUGUUUGUUUUUUGCUAUCGAAAUCUGAAAAAAUACAUGUAUGUAUUGCAGCAGCAGUUGCUUUUCUCUUAAAUAAAGGUAAUUGUAUGACAAA